AUGGGCAACUGCACCAAACCAUCCAUGAAAGAUAAAAUGAAGAAGGACCGAGAGCUGAGACCAGAGGAGAUCGAUGAGCUGCGUGAGGCGUUUGCGGAGUAUGACAAGAAAAAAAAGGGCUACAUCAGUCAUCAAGACCUGGGCGAGUGCAUGAGGGCCAUGGGAUACAUGCCCACAGAGAUGGAGCUCAUCGAGCUGAGCCAGAUCUGUGAGUGGAAGAGUGGGUGUAAAGUGGACUUUGAAGACUUUGUGGAGCUGAUGGGACCUAAGAUGCUGGCAGAGACCGCCGACAUGAUUGGAGUCAAGGAAUUGCGAGAUGCAUUCAGAGAAUUCGACUCUAACGGUGACGGCCAGAUCAGUUUACUGGAGCUGCGUGAGGCCAUGAAGAAGCUGAUGGGAGAACAGGUGACCAACCGAGAGAUCAACGAGAUCCUCCAAGACGUCGACCUCAACGGAGACGGUCUGGUGGACUUUGAGGAGUUUGUGCGAAUGAUGUCCCGCUGA